UGCUUCAGGAAAAAGAGUUUAAUUGCCCAUCACUAGAGCCCUUACCCAUCUAGUUUUCUUGCGAAAAGUUAGAGCAACCAUUUCCCAACCCCAAUUGAAUAAAUUUCUUUUGUGAUUAUUUAACCCCACAAACGCUUCCAAAUAAGAGAGUUACCCUUUUUAUAUUAACAAGCUAAGGGAUGUCUUUUUAAAAAAAUCUUAAGAGUGCAUAAAAUUAUCCCACAUGGUAUCAUCUCUUCUAAAGGCCCACUUAAGUUUAAAUGAAAAUUUUUUAGUGAUAUUAUUAAUCUGAUAUUCUGAUUAAAACCUAAACACGUUCUAUUUAAUUCCUCACAACAAUUAAUCCAAGAAGCCCAGCGAAUCUUUUUACCAUGAGAAGAAGAACCCCAAAGGAACUUAUUAAGAGAUCUUUCAACAAACUUUCAGCUUGGGAAUUUCAAACUGGCUUUUUUUGUAGAUUUACUUUGAUUAGAAGUGUUCUUUCUUGUAUAGCAAUUUCUUAUUGCAGACUCUCAAUCAACUCAUUAAAUAAUGAAGAUCUCCUUGUACCUUAAAAAAGAGGAACAUCCUAGUAUUUUAUAGGAAGAGAUUGAAAGGAAAAGCCCAUGAUCGUUUCAAUGACACUAAUUUGCCUAUUGGGCAUGUGUUUAAAAACAAGAAAAUAACUUUUAUCAAUAGUAAGACCAAUUUUUUUCUCAAAAGGAGGACGCAUAUUUUCUAAAUGACAUUUGUAAGCUUUAUUGUUUGAUGUUAGGUAUCAUUUUAAUUCUCCUCAUGGAAUUUUUAUUUUAUUGCACUUCUUUUACCGAAGAUGUUUGUUAACUAGACAAUAUUCAAGUAGAGUAUAACUCACUAAUGUUUGUGCUUAUCAUGAAACUUUGUCCUUCAUUUUUCUGGAUGAUUAUAUUAUAAAGUUGCAUUGUAAUGUGACGAGCUAAUCAUGCGUUUUUGGUUUGCUGAUUUUCUUGUAAGGUUCUGGAUCAGUAUUAUCCAGAAGUCAUUAAAUCAAGUCCAUCAAUUGGACGUCAUGGGAAGGCUCUGCGACGCCAGCUGAUGAGAAGAGCAAUAGAAUCUCAAUUUGGUGCAGAAAGUACCUUAUACUCUUUUCAAUUGAAGGAUGAAAAUAAUACAGUCAACAAAUCCAUUGAUAUGCAAUCUGAUGAAAUUAAAGUAACUGAAGAACAUUAUGACAGGAGAACACUAAAAGAGAGUAGAAGUACAAACUCAAAAGCAUUUUCAGAGCAGCCCUGUCAUUCUGAAGUAUAUGAAGAAGCUCGAUAUUCUACAUGCUCUGACAGAUAUGUACUCUUUGAAGAAUUCAGCAAGUCUGGACUAAAGCAUCUUGGGUUGGAAAGUCCACAGGACUUCAACUUGAUUGAACUAUGGAUGAGAGCUAAACCUUUCUUUGAAUUCAUAGGUCCAUACUGGUCUCUACGCGCUUCCUUGGGGCCACUGAUUGAAACUUAUAUUUUACUAGAUAGAUUGUUGUUUCUUCAAGAGCAUGGUAAUUUUGCAGAAGUACAGUUGGUUCCAUUAUUUGAUCCGACCCUGUCACCGAGAAAUGUAGCAAUCGUGGCACGAAAAAUUGAUGCAAAUAUAGCCAAUACAUAAAGUGGUAGUUGUUCUAUUUUUUAUCCUCUGUGUAUACCUUUGAUCUAACUGUUUAGUGCUAAGCUGUGACAGUGUUCUUUGGGUUCAAUAAAUUCAUAUUUUUCCCAUAAAGUGACUUGAAUCCUUGAAAAGUGCUUGCUUUUCCUUUAUGUAAGUAUAAUGCCCUUUCAAUGACUUUUCAGAACA